GAACUCCAGCAGCUUAGCAAGCAAUACAGCAAUAUCAAGCUCCUCCAGCUGGAUGUGGUCUGUGAAAACAGCAUCAAGAAAGUAGUCAAGGAAGUGGAAGAAAUUGUGGGAGACAAAGGUCUGAACUGCCUCAUUAACAAUGCUGGCAUCAAUGUGCUUGCUUCCUUGGAAGAAGUCACAGCAGAGACAAUGCUCACCAUUUAUGAAACCAAUACAGUUGCCCAGCUGAUGGUCACCAAGGCGUUUCUACCCCUUCUGAGGAAGGCAGCCCAGCUGAGCACAGGAAUGGGCUGCCAUAGAGCUGCUAUUAUCAAUAUGUCCUCUCUUGCUGCCUCCAUGCAACUCGUCCAGGCAAAUGAGAUGUUCCUCAAGGUCUACCCCUACAGGAUAGCAAAGACUGCACUGAACAUGAUCACCAGGUGUCUCGCUGCAGACUUGAAAUCGGAUGGAAUUCUCUGUAUUUCUUUGCAUCCAGGCUGGCUUCAGACAGAUAUGGGCGGAAACAUGGCUCCCAUGCAGGUGCAAGAGGCUAUCCCAGGUAUUCUCUCCGUUCUGGACCGUCUUGGUGAAAAAGAAAACGGUUCCUUCCUGGACUGGCAAGGGGAAACUCUCCCGUGGUAGAAGUGCACAGUAUGCUACAGAAACAGCCUGUCAGUCACUAUUUAACUUGUGCCACUAAUGUCCAUGUCUCUAGGUUUUCUUA